AUUCAGGUUCCAAUGUCUGUUGAAUUUGAGGAAUUUAAUAAAUUGCGAGAAAAUACUGAAGAUAAUGUUCCUGAAAAUAUGACAGAUUUCACUGAUGAAGAAGGUUAUGGAAAAUUUCUUGAUCUACACGAGUGCUAUGAAAAGUAUCUUAACAUCAGAGGUGUUGAGAGAGUUGACUAUUUAACAUAUCUAUCAAUGUUUGACCAACUUUUUGACAUUCCAAAAGAAAGAAAAACUGCUGACUACAAAAAGUAUCUUGAAGCUGUUCUGGAGUAUCUUGAAGAUUACUGUUCUCGUGUGAAGCCACUGUUGGAUUUAAAUGAGGAAAUGGAAACAGUCUUAGUAGAAUUUGAGAAAUUGUGGGAACAAGGAAUGUUUCCUGGUUGGCAUAAAGAAACUGAAAGUGCAUUGACACAUGCUGGUGCUCAUUUGGAUUUAUCUGCUUUUUCUUCUUGGGAGGAACUGGCAUCAUUGGGCUUGGAUAGGUUAAAGUCUGCUCUUAUGGCUCUUGGUUUAAAGUGUGGUGGAACACUGGAGGAAAGAGCACAGCGCCUUUUUGAGACUAAAGGAAAGAAGCUCAGUGAAUUGGAUCCUACCGUAUUUGCAAAAUCUAAACCUGGCAAAGCUGGUCGGCAUAAAGACAUCGAAAAGCAGAAAGAAAUAGCUAUUUUAGAAGCACAGUUAUACAGACUAGUUGAGAUACUUUCUGAGCAAAGACAAGCCACAAAGGAGAAUGUUCAGAGGAAGCAAGCAAGAACAGUAGGAGAAAGAGAAGAAUCUGACAAUGAAGCAUCUGAAUCAGAAUCUGAUGAUGAAGAUGAUAAUGAUGUUAUUUACAAUCCUAAGAAUUUACCUUUGGGUUGGGACGGAAAGCCUAUUCCAUACUGGUUGUACAAGCUUCAUGGUUUGAAUAUCACAUACAGCUGUGAAAUUUGUGGAAAUUUCACUUAUAAAGGCCCAAAAGCUUUUCAGCGCCACUUUGCUGAAUGGCGUCAUGCUCAUGGCAUGCGUUGUUUAGGUAUACCAAACACAGCACAUUUUGCAAAUGUUACACAGAUUGAAGAUGCUCUUGGAUUGUGGCAAAAGCUGAAAGAACAAAAGCAAAAGGAGAGGUUUUUGCCUAGUAAUGAGGAGGAGUAUGAAGAUACUCAAGGAAAUGUUGUAAACAAAAAAACAUAUGAAGAUUUGAAACGACAAGGAUUGUUGUAAAUAUUAAUUUUUUGUUUCAGCAGAAAGUUUCCUAUCAUGUAAUAAGAUUUAAAUAAACAUGUCGAAGUUUUAAUAUUGA